GGACCUUAUCUACCACUAUCGAAAAUCUUGUUGUAUCUAGAGGCCAAAAUAAAUUUUGGAACUUUCAUAAGAAGGACAUAUUUUAUUGCAUAUUUAGAAAGGGCAGUAUUGCGCGACCUCGAAAAAGAUUGACUCUUCAAGUUUGAGAGAACGGUUGUUGAAUCCCAGCGAGGGGCGUGUUCAGCUUCAAUUGUGUACUUCGCAGAAGGCUGGGGUUUACAACCAACAAGGUACAGCUAUGUCGACUCAAGCCAAGUCGCGCUGGGCAGAUGACGAAGAAGAUGCUGCGCUAGAUCUACAGCGCAAGCGCGAAAAGGAAGAGAAGAAAAGAUUGAAGGCAGAAAAACAGAGGAAGCUCGAUGAACAAGCUGCCGCUGCCGCUGCCGCAAAAUCCAAAGCUCAAGCUCCUCCUGAACAAGAAGCACCCACCGAAAGACCCUCCAAGCGUCGCCGCCUAUCACACUCUCCGGCGCCUGCUCAAAAGCUCGAUUUACCGCCUGCCAAACUACUGCGAUUUCCAGCACCCAAUUGGGGGAAAUGUCGCAGUGUGGAAGAUUAUGAUAAAUUGAAUGAUAUAGAAGAGGGAGCGUAUGGAUGGGUAUCACGCGCGAAAGAUAGUCGGACAGGGAAGGUCGUCGCGCUGAAACGAUUGAAGAUGGAGAAUGCCAAUGACGGGGUGCCAGUUACGGGCUUGAGGGAGAUACAAACGUUGAUGGACUGUGAUCAUGAGAACAUUGUGAGGCUUAGGGAAGUGGUUGUUGGGGAGGAUACAAGUAAGAUUGAGAAUAUAUUCCUCGUUCUCGACUUCCUUGAACACGACCUCAAAACUCUCCUCACAUCCCUCUCGGAACCUUUUCUCCCCUCCGAACUCAAGCUACUUCUCCAUCAACUCACGACAGGUGUUGCCUACCUUCACAACAACUACAUCCUCCACCGCGACUUGAAAACCUCCAACCUCCUCCUCUCCAAUCGAGGCGUCCUUAAAAUCGCCGAUUUUGGCAUGGCCCGCUACUGCGGCGAUCCAGCUCCAAAAAUGACCCAAUUAGUUGUUACCCUCUGGUACCGCAGUCCCGAGCUCUUACUCGGCGAAGAACGAUAUGGUAAAAGUGUGGAUAUGUGGAGCGUAGGUUGUAUAUUUGGCGAGCUACUCAGCAACGACGCCCUCCUCCCCGGAAAAAACGAAGUCGACCAACUAUCCAAGAUUUUCGAACUUCUCGGCCUCCCUACCGAAUCCAACUGGCCCACCUUCAAACGUCUCCCUAAUGCACGCUCGCUCCGACUUCCCAAGAAUCCCAAUCCCGCCACUCAAGGCUCAGUCCUGCGUUCCAAAUUCCCCUUUCUGACAUCAGCUGGAUCGUCUCUCCUCUCGUCUCUUCUUAGCUUAAAUCCUGCAAAAAGACCUUCUGCGCAAGAAGUUCUGGAACAUGAAUACUUCAAAGAAGAUCCGAAGAUGAAGAGUAAAGAUAUGUUUCCUACAUUUCCAAGUAAAGCGGGAUUGGAGAAGAAGAGGCGGAGAGGGACUCCGGAUGCUCCACAGAGAGGAGAGGCUCCUAAGGGCUUGGGGGGUGUAUUGGAUUUUAGUGGAGUAUUUGGGAGUGGAGGGGGAGAGGAGGUUGAGAAAGGAGCCGGAUUUAGUUUGAAGCUUAUUUGAGAGGAUUAAGCUAGCGAGCCACUCUAGGCGUGAGGGCCAGAAGAUAGGCUAGUGUAUAAUAUGGAUGUAUGUCCUGAGGGAAAUACGUGGAUAUACCAAUUUGUGCUCUGUACAUUCCAAGGAGGCAGGCUCUUGUAAUUUCGUAGAUGUAAACACACCGUGCACAAAUUCACAAAUAUAGAAUCA